AUGACUCUUUGGAACGGGGUGCUGCCCUUUUACCCCCAACCCAGGCAUGCGGCUGGCUUCAGCGUCCCACUGCUCAUAGUGAUUCUGGUUUUCUUGGCUUUGGCUGCCAGCUUCCUGCUCAUCUUGCCUGGGAUCCGUGGCCACCAGCGCUGGUUCUGGUUGGUGAGAGUUCUUCUCAGUCUGUUCAUAGGAGCAGAAAUUGUGGCUGUACACUUCAGCGGAGAGUGGUUCGUGGGCACCGUGUGGACCAACACAUCCUACAAAGCCUUCAGUGCAGAGCGGGUUCAAGUCCAUAUCGGUCUGCACGUGGGGCUAGUGGGCAUCAAUAUUACACUCAGAGGAACGCCGGUGCAGCAGCUGAACGAGAGCAUCGACUAUAACGAGCGCUUCACUUGGCGCCUGGACGAAGACUACGCCAAGGAGUACGUGGGUGCGCUGGAGAAGGGGCUCCCCGACCCGGUGCUGUACCUGGCGGAGAAGUUCACGCCGCGCAGCCCUUGCGGCCUGUAUCACCAGUACCACCUGGCGGGCCACUACGCCGCCGCGACGCUGUGGGUGGCCUUCUGCUUCUGGGUGGUGGCCAACGCGCUGCUCUGCACGCCUGCCGCCCUCCACGGAGGCCUGGCGCUGCUGACCACCGGCGCCUUCGCGCUCUUCGCCGUCUUCGCCUUCGCCUCGGUGUCCGGCGCGCCGCGCUGCCAGUUCCGCCUGGGCCCCGGCUCCGCGCCGCUCACGCCUCGCUAUGGCUCCGCCUUUUGGGUCACGCUGGCCACCGGCGUCCUCAGCCUGGUCCUGGGAGGGGCGGUGGUGGUGCUGCACUACGCUCGGCCCAGCGCCCUGCGCUACUUUCUGGAUCAAAGCAUCCAGGGCGGCGGCGGCCAGGAGAAAGGAAACCCACCUCUCAUCCUCAACAACCCGCGGCACCAGCGGUUCGGGACCCCAGACUUACAGAUCACCACCAACUUGUGA